CGGGUUCCCCGGAUCAGUUCUGAUAACUAUGCCCACGAGUACAAGGAGAGGAGGACGCGUAAGAUAUCAUUCUCGCAUUUUAUUUUUCGUUUUCGAGUCCGAACAGAACAGAGAGAAAGAGAGAAGAUCGAAGGAGCUAUCCAAAUCCAAUAAUGUCGACUCUUACGGUUCCUCAACAAGUUCCUCCCGUGUCUGAAGACGUUGAGCAGCUGAGAAAAGCCUUCUCAGGAUGGGGGACAAACGAGGGUUUGAUCAUAUCCAUUUUGGGUCACAGGAAUGCUGCUCAACGCAAGCUGAUUCGACAGGCAUAUGCUGAGGCUUAUGGGGAAGAUCUACUCAAGGCAUUGGACAAGGAACUUUCAAAUGAUUUUGAGAGGGUGCUGCUGCUUUGGACCCUUGAUCCAGCUGAAAGGGAUGCUGCUUUGGCUAAUGAGGCCACAAAGAGAUGGACUUCGAGCAAUCAGGUACUUAUGGAGAUUGCCUGCACGAGGUCAUCAAAUGAACUGCUUCUUGCAAGGCAGGCUUAUCAUGCUCGUUUUAAGAAGUCCCUUGAAGAGGAUGUUGCACAUCACACAAGUGGGGACUUCCGCAAGCUUCUGUUUCCUCUUGUGUCCUCUUACCGUUAUGAUGGAGAUGAGGUGAACAUGACCCUUGCAAAAUCAGAGGCUAAGAUGCUCCAUGAGAAGAUUUCAAAUAAGGCUUACAGUGAUGAGGAACUCAUCAGGAUUUUGGCUACCAGGAGCAAAGCACAGAUCAAUGCUACUCUGAAUCAAUACAAAAAUGAAUUUGGUAAUGAUAUCAACAAGGACUUGAAAGCCGAUCCUAAUGAUGAGUUCCUCGCGUUGCUGAGGGCCACAGUUAAGUGCUUGACACGCCCUGAGAAGUACUUUGAGAAGGUUCUUCGUCUGGCAAUCAACAAAAGAGGAACUAAUGAAGGUGCUCUGACUAGAGUUGUCGCUACAAGGGCAGAGAUUGACAUGAAACUCAUAAAAGAUGAAUAUCAGCGAAGAAACAGUAUACCUCUGGAUCGUGCCAUUGUGAAGGACACCGAUGGCGAGUAUGAAAAACUACUUCUGGAAUUAGUUGGACAUGAAGAUGCCUAAGCUUCAAUCUAUUUCAAAAUCUGAUUCUGCUACAGGGGAAUUGGACUAUCAGCCUGGUUUUCAUGUUUUUCCUUUCUACGUGUGGUUUUUAUCAUUGUGAUGUUGUCUGUUGUCAGUCUUAUGCGUAUCUGUGUGCUUUGGUUUUUGAAAACUUGACCUAUAGUCAAUAAAUAAAGUACUUGCCCUUUCAAAGAGUUCCUAACAA